GUUCGCGUCAACGGGAUCAGCACUUGCUCAUCGUCUAUCAGUAGUGCUCUGAACAAUAUGAAAGACGAAGCAAUGUUGACGCCGAGGCUCACAAAUGCGGGCUCUCGCGAGCCCGUGACUCUCGCAGCGAUCAUGGACCUGCCGCUCGAUAUACUCUACGAGAUAUUCAAACACCUCCACCCCGCGGACAUUCUGUAUCUCAGCCGUGCAACCAAAGCUCUCCGCUACACGCUUCUGCGCCGCGGCGCCAAGAGCACCUGGGAAUACUCGCUCAAGGCAGCGGGCUUUCCUAUGAUUCCAACUUGCAUCGACGACGGGAUGAGUCUCCCGCAAUAUGUCAACUUGAUCUACGGAGAUACUUGCUUCGCCUGCGGCUCAGCACAUGAAGUGAAUUGCAUGUUCAUGUUUCUCGACAAGCGGUGCGAGGGAUGCGUAUUCGAAAAAUAUUGCAUGCUCCAUUACUGGAAGUGGGGAAAGUCUGGCCCGUUCGACCCCGAAACCGGGUAUCCUGGCAGAAUGCUACAUUGGGAUAUGUAUUAUGGCGACUGGGUGUCUUAUACUUACCUUGUCGACAAGGAAGAAUCUGCGAGGAUAGAGAAGGGCACCGUCAAGGGCUUGAGAAGCUACACCGACAACCUGAGGGCAAAGACACGACAAGCGGAAGAGUUUGAAAAGACCAUACACGGUGUUCUGCAGUCGGAAGGAUUCUUAACCAUGACGUAGGAGCAUAUAAGACUGGGCAGGGCUAUGUACUCACGAUCUGAAAUCUGCGAAGAAGUCGGUCGGGAGCCGUUGUGCCCAACGUCGAUAACAAUCAAACCCACAAACCUCGCCUUCGCAUGACGGCGCGUCGAGGGCGUCCCUACCGGGUUCUUUCAACGCCCUCUAUGUUGAAGAAAUUACGAAUAGACCGCCUCUCACCCUGUAUGGACUCGCAUCGC